CAACCUGGCUGUGCGUUCUCCCUCUCGACACCUCCGCCCUGUCCCGCCGGAGCCAUCGGCGCUCCCCGACCCCAUCACGUGUCCGGCCUUGGACGGGACCCGGCUCUGCCCGCCGGGCUCCGCUCGCUGCGGGGCUGGAGCUGUGCUGGGGCCGCUCCGACCCCGGCCCGUUCCCGGUCCCGUUCCGGUCCCGCUCCUGGCCCGAUCCCGGUCCAAUUCCAGUCUCGAUCCCAGCCCCGCUCCUGGCCCGAUCCCAGCCACACUCCCAGCCCCGUUCCCGGCCCCGCCGCAGCCCCGGGCCGGGCAGCUCCGCUCGCUGCCGGCGGGAGCGGCCCCGAGCCCCCGCUCUGCUCGGCGCCCCCAGGGUGUCCUGGGCUUCGCUGGAAGGCUGAGCGAUGUCUCUCACUAACCACAUCCAGAUGUGCCUGCUUGGCAGCCCGCUGCACAGACGGUACCGAGGGGACGCAGGAUCAGCGCUAUCAAAUGGGCUUUGAAGAACUGAUUAAAUAAGACAGAAGAUCUCCAGGAAAAGUAUGGGCAGUGGUGCCAGGCAGCUCAAACACGGCUUUUAGCAGUCCCAGGAACAGCAGAGAGACAAUGAGAGUUCGCCUCAAAGGGGAUGUGAUCUGUACCCUCCUCCUGCUGGUGGCGCUUUGUUCCUUGCUCUACUCCCAGCUGGAACAUUUGAUCCCGGCAGGAAAGAAGGAGCCAGCACAGAACAAACCCCGAGUGGCACCAAAAAUAUUCCCUGAUCCCAGAGCACCUCGGAGGCUGAUGCCAGCAGAGGCAACUGCACCCAGACCCCAAAUUAUCCCGGUCAUGAGACCAACAGAAGUGGCCAAAACCCGGGUCCAAACUACAACUCCACCCCUGCUGACUGAUUCUGCCUUCAACUUUAAGCUCUAUCUCCUAAACAAGGAUAACAGGAACUUCAAUCUCCUCAUUAACCAGCCCAGGAAGUGCCGAAAACCGCCGGGAGGUCCCUUCCUGCUCAUUGCUAUCAAAUCAGUGGUUGAGGACUUUGACAGGCGUGAGAUUGUCCGGAAAACUUGGGGCAGGGAGGGUUUGGUGAAUGGGGAGCAGAUCCAGCGAGUGUUCCUGCUGGGAACACCAAAGAAUAGGACAGUGCUGGCAACAUGGGAGACCCUGAUGCACCAGGAGAGUCAGACAUACCGGGACAUUUUACUCUGGGACUUCACGGACACUUUCUUCAACCUGACCCUGAAGGAGAUCCACUUCCUGAGCUGGGCUGCUGAAUUCUGCCACAACGUGAAAUUUAUUUUCAAAGGUGACGCUGAUGUUUUUGUCAACGUGGAGAACAUUGUUGAUUUCCUCAAGAGGCACGAUCCCAGUGAAGAUCUCUUUGUUGGGGACAUCAUCUACAACGCCCGUCCCAUCCGCGUCCGCCAGAGCAAGUACUACAUCCCGGAGAGCAUGUACGGGCUGAGCAUCUACCCCGCCUACGCUGGGGGAGGAGGGUUCCUGCUCUCCAGCUGCACCAUGAGGAAGCUCUCCAGGGCUUGCAGAGAAGUGGAGCUGUUCCCCAUUGAUGAUGUCUUUCUGGGCAUGUGCUUACAGAGAAUCAGCCUCAAGCCCAUUUUACAUGAAGGGUUCAAGACCUUUGGCAUUGUUAAGCCUUCUGCUGCCCCACACCUACAGACCUUUGAUCCUUGUUUUUACAAAGAUCUCAUGGUGGUUCAUAGCUUGAAAGUUGCUGAGAUCUGGCUGAUGUGGAACCUGCUCCACAGCCCACGGCUUUCCUGUACUCAGAAGAAGCAGGUGAAGAAGCCUUUCCAGUGGAAGAAGAAAGCUCAGAUAACAACAGCAGCAUCACCCCUCAGAUAAUGCAGGCAGAGUGCAGCACACACAGCAAACCAGCCAGGAGAGGGACCCUGGAACUGACACUGCCCAACAAACCAACUUUCCAAGUAUUUUAGCACAUCUUAUUUACAACAUUAAGAGAAGACAACAAACAAUUACAGGAAUUUUCCCAAAUUCCACAUUUGCACAUUCACAUAAUGUGGGUCCUUCUGUGCUAAUGAGUCCAAAUAAUCAUGACAUAUAUAUAAUUUAUUAUUAUUUAUUAGCAUUAUAGUAGUGCUUAGUGGGACUGUGUAAAAGCACAUUGAAAAAUGCAGUCCUUGGCAUUUUUUCAGCAUGGUCAGAAGUGUGAGAAAUGAAAGAAGACAUAGGGUAAGAACAGACACCAGGGAGCAUAGGGAUCAUUGUCAACUUCCUGCUUGACUUGGACUCAUUGAAAAAUGACCAGACAGGAACUAGAGUACAGGAAAUUGAGUCCCCUUAGUGUCUGCUCAGAUCACCUCACUGCUGCCUGGUUGGUUUUCCACAGGCCUUGUAAAAAGAGAACAACAAACAGCUCUUGAAAUGGGUCCUACAGUUGCAGUUCAGGUGGAUUACAAGAAGUCAAACUGGAUGCUGAGGCUGGCAUGGCUGAUGGAGCAAAGGGCAGGUAAGUAGAUGACUAGAAAGGAGCAGACUAAAGAGCCUUUAGAGAAAGGACAAGAACUUCCAAUUGAUCACUUUGAGUCUUGAUUUUUCAUCAUUCUUCUCAGUUCAGAUAUCUGCUCUAUUGACAUGCUCAAGAUUCAAGGGACCAGUGGAUCAGGUUUUGGCACUUCCCUGAGCUCAGGCUCUCUGCACUGCACUGCCUGACAUUCAUGGAAAAUUCAGAAGUCAUCAACAGUAUUUCAUCACUCUCAUGAUCUGACCCAGAUUUUCAGAAGGUUUGCAUCUGGAGAGAUCCUUUGGCCUCUGCUCAUAAGUGUAACCCCACACAGAGCUGCUGCUUGCAUCACAUUUGGGAGCUGCUUCAAACCAGAGUGCACUGGGCUGGUUUCUACAGACCUUGGGCUUUUGCUUGGCACAGUCAGCUGCAGAGGGCAGCCAGGACUCUCAUACUGCUGCAAAUGUCAUGUGAAGAGAAAAAGUUUUCAGACAAAAGGACUUCAGAAUAAAAGUCCAUCUAAAUUUAUUGCAAGAAAUCAAAACCGCACAGCAAUCUUUCUAUUGGCUUUUCAAGGUUCAGUCAGGAACUUUGUGAGUAUUUUAAGCAUCAGACAAGAACACUGAAUUGCUCAGUUUUUCAAAGUACAGUCCAGACUUUGAUGCAUUUUGUUUUUCCCAACAGCAGACUACCUUAGAAGAAUAUGCUUUUAUCAGACAUCAAAGCAGAAGUGAAUUCCUCUAAAGCAGGGUUACAAAGCUGUGAAAUUCAUGGGACCAAGAGCCUGAAUUCACCUCUGAUACUGUGUUUGUUAAUUCUUUUACAAGUUUUUACCCCCUCAACAAAACUCCUGUCCAUCAGAGAACCCCUCAGGAUGGCACAUCCACACAGCUUCAAAGGAAACUACAAUCAGUCACAAAAUCCCAAAGUUCCUCUCCCUUGCACAGAGCCUGGAGCACAGCUGCAUUUCAUAUCCAUGGGUAAGCUCCCUCCCAUCCUCCCUCCCUGCAGUAUUUGGGCUCAGUGCUGGGACUGACAAUGCACAGAGAGAGCAGCAGGCUGGGAAACAGCCUAUGGACAGCAGCUUUACACAUUGGUGAUCUUCAGCAUGAGUUCAGGCCUUACAACAAUGUAUUUCCAAGAAAAGGUCAGCUUUAUGGAAAUUGAAAGAUUUCUACCUUUGAGAUCUUUUCAGGAUGCAAUCCUGAAAUACAAAAUGUUCAUGUGAGCUUCACAAGGAGCUUUGCAGGGUGUGGAACUAAGCCAAAGCCUCGCUGGUAGGACAAAGUCACCCCUGCCUAUGUCUGCUAACAUGUGUGAUACUUGUGUAUUUAUGAGACUGUACAGAAAUUAUUACCUGGGAGUAGUUUACAGUUUGGGAAAUCAUUUAUACCAUCAUUAAAAGACAGCAUGCAGAUGUG